CUGCCAGAGGCGUUCCACUUGUUUUUAGAAUUUACCAUGGCCUUUUUUUUUUCUAAUUUAAAAAAAAAUUGUCAGGAGCAAGCUUCAUCUACAUGUAGCUAUUUCUUUUAAUCAGGCAACUCAAAGGGAAGGGUUUAAAUCUUUUACCCAACCACUGUAAAAAAAAAAGUAAGAUACAUGCAGUGAUUUUCAUUUUGGGGCAAAACUUAGAUUUGUAGAAAAAAAAUCCAAAAGAUAUAAAAAAUGUAAGCCCAAAAAAUAUAACAAGUGAGUUUGGGGGAAGGGGGGUAUGAAGGGUUGUUAUGAACGUAAUUCAUUUAUCUUGGCAUAGUGGGCGAGGCAACCUCAAUCUUUCUUUGUGAUAAUCUUUUUUUACAAUUUCCUCUUCAUUUUCUUUCAUAAUUUCAUGUAAAAAAGUCUUUCCUCUCAACUACUACAUACAUUCUUCAAAGUGGUUUUUACAAGUCAUAAACAAUAUGGAACGAAACUAUAAGUUUCUUUUUGGUGCAAAAACACAAGCCUUUUGAUAGAAACCAGUAUCAGCACAUUAUACAUUACGUCUGACAUGUCCUUUCAUGAAAUGCUCCCUUGGUUGUGUGUCAUGAGGUGGUUCCCAAAAAUAUUUGAUGGAGUAACACUUUUCAAAAUGUUGACAAAGAAAAAAAUGUGUAGUUCAGUAAUCCCUUGUCUUUUAGUAUUAACCCAGUUGAGAUUUCAUUUUAAUGUUUAACAACAAGGCUAUUCUAGAAAUAUUCAAAAACAAUCUUACAAUUAUGAUAGUACCAACUAGGAUAUCUUAAGUUUUUGCUUGAAUUGAUCAGACUGUAACAUUGUAAUCCGGUGUACAUGUAUGAGUGCUGCUAUCUGUUCAAAUUAUAUGAUUUUCCACCUGAAGAACUCCAAGGCAAAAAAGUGAUCAUUGCUAUUCAUGCACAUUCAAUAAAUACUGUAUAUUCAAUUGUUCAUUGUUUUUGUUUUCAAAGUACAUGUGCAUACUGCAUUUACGUGUACUUAUUGUGAAAUAAUUCCUGGUACAUGCAGAUUGGUUUCUUGCAUUCCUAAAGGGAGUUGCCGUAUUUUGCUGCUGACUAUAAUAUGAGUCAGGCCCCAUACAGAGAAGAGUUUCAGGUCAUUGCAACACGCUAGUCUCUCUAUCAUUUACUUCUUCUGGUGAAUGGACAGUGGCAAUUUUUUUUAAAUAGUUAUACCCCCCCCCCCCAACUCUCUCACUCUCCCAUCUCACACACACAAAACAUACAACCCUGUACAUGUACACUCGCAACAUGCGCUUGGGCACAAAGUCACAAGCAUGCUUUCCCCCUCAUUCUCUUUCUUUCUAUGAAAUAUACCUGUACAUGUACUUGUGUAAGUUAUACCAUGUACAUAUGCAUGUGUGUGUUUUGUGAAGACUUCCUCUUGUACUUUCAUUCAUUUCAUAAUUAUCCCGUACAUUUAGUUUCGCUUUAUUCUAAUUUUGAAAGGUUAUACAUUACUGGAAUCCAGGCCUAGUAAGGUUUUUAGUCCUGUAUAAUAAACAGUGUUUGUGAAACAGAAGAAGAUACUUGUAUGUUUUUCUUGUGGUAACUCCUGUAGAAACUCGGCAGGACAUCUUUCUGCUGGUAUAAUGCCAAGCUGGUACAGAAGAAACAUUUAGUUAAUCAGGCAAAGUGGCUGUACAUACCCAUUCCAACCUCGUUUGUCCAAACUUUAUCAUAUAUUUAGAAAGAUAGACCUGAAGCUGUAGUUAAACUGAAAUGAAACUAACACUUACAUGACCAUGUAGCCAGGGUCAGAAAGGACAGCAUACUUGAAUUUGUUCGAUGUGAUCAGGUUCCAAUAAUGUUUUCCCACAUGCCAGUGUUCUGAUGAAACAAGUAACUGUACUUAGCAUAAUAAUAAAAUCUACAGUAUCUCAGAGUUUUAUUCUUGGUAUGUUUAAUUAAGCUUUCUCUUAAUAUUGACAUUCGAAUUCAAAACUCAUCAAACUAUGGAAGCAUUGGCAUGUUGUGUUUUGUCUAGAUUCAUUGGCGUUGUAUAUCAUUUAUAAUUAAUGAUGGUCAUAUUUGAUGCAGCGCACCUUGUGGGUGCAAUGAAUUUUGAGAUUACAAAAUGGCCUUCUGGUAACAAAUACAUGUAGUGCAUGAUAUGGAGACAUCUUACAGAGCAGCGAUUUAGGAUAGGAAAGUGAGGAGGAGUGGCAUGCUAACCUUGCUUCCAAUUUGAUUGAUUAUAGUUUGGAAAUCAAUUUCAACUGCCAGAAGCGUUCCACUCGUUGUUUUGUGUGUUCAAAUUUCUUACAUCUAUCUUUCUUAAUACCGGUCACCAGAUUUUGGGGAAAACAUUUUUUUAAGUAUAUACUUACAUGUACAGUACAUGUAUAUGCUAUCUUUGGGCAAUCUUUAAAGUAUUCAGAAAUGAAAAUGGGUAAGGUUUAAUUCUUCCAUAUUCUUACUUCUCCUUUCGUUGCAGUGUGAAAAACUAAGACAAUGGCUGCUAUAAGGAAAAAGCUGGUCAUCGUUGGAGAUGGUGCUUGCGGAAAGACAUGUUUGCUGAUAGUAUUCAGCAAAGAUCAGUUCCCAGAAGUUUACGUCCCAACAGUAUUUGAGAACUAUGUAGCUGAUAUAGAAGUAGAUGGUAAACAGGUUGAGUUAGCAUUAUGGGAUACUGCAGGUCAGGAAGACUACGACAGACUGAGACCGCUCUCAUAUCCAGACACAGAUGUUAUACUCAUGUGCUUUUCAAUUGACAACCCGGACAGUUUAGAGAAUAUCCCAGAAAAAUGGACACCUGAGGUGAAGCAUUUUUGCCCUAAUGUACCUGUUAUCCUGGUCGGAAACAAGAAAGAUCUCCGAAUGGAUGAAAACACUAAACGAGAACUGAUGAAGAUGAAACAGGAACCGGUGAGAACAGCUGAUGCCCAGUCGAUGUCAGACAAGAUCAGUGCUUACAAAUACCUAGAAUGCUCAGCCAAGUCUAACGAUGGUGUCAGGGAAGUGUUUGAGACAGCUACCAGGGCAGCACUACAAGUCAAAAAGAAGAAUAAAUCAAAAUGCAAUCUCUUGUAAGAGAUGUCUUCAUACAAGCUGGCAAGGCAUGUUAGUGGUCAACAAGAGCUCCUCAAGAGAAUAAUGCAUUUGAUGUACAUGUAUAUGUUUUGGGGAAAGAGAGAGCCAUUAUAUAAUAUUUUUGGACGUGCUUGGAAGGUCAAAGACAGCAGUAGUACCAGCAUACAUUGUUUUAAUUGCUUAUUGUGGUAAUAAAGAGACAAUUGGCUUAAUUUGUAGUUGCAGGUUUAUGAAACCACUUUUCUUUCUUUUUUCCCCCUGAAGGCUUGGUGCCAUUUAGCUAAGAUCAAGAAAAUGUGGACCUAGCUUUAACAAGUACUCCAUGGUUAUUAUAUAAGAAGACUGACUGAUUUGUUCAAUUUAUAUGCAUAAAUUGAAGAAAUUUAGUAUCCUGACAAGGAAAGAGACAAAAGAUAUAUAUUUAGAUACAUCACUGCAUUUUACCCUUAAUAACUCAAGACCUCUUAUAUUUCAGUUUUACAAGGAGAAAACAUGAGUAGUUUGCUGUGAUGGUUCUAUGUUGUAUGCUUUUAGCAAAACAACAAUUGAAUCUACAUUCAUAUUCAGAUUCCAUUGUGGAUAUGAUAUUACAAAUGUUUUGUCGCUUUAUUGAAAUCUCCUUUGAAGGUGCUCAAUGAGCAUAAACAACAUAUAUUUGGUGAAAGCUUUUCAGCUUGCAGACCCAUAUAACAUUAUAUUUAUUGAAGAAAAAAUUGUACACUCUUAACCAUGUGGGAAAUGUGCACUUCUUGAUUGUGGUGGGGAUAUUUUACUGAACUAAAAGGGUUACUGUUCUGUUAUCGUGCAUAAGCCCAUUUGACCUUCAUCAUGUCUGCCACCCAUUGGACGUCAUGUCAGAGCACUUUCAGUUAUUGUAUGUAAGGAAUGGUCUACAUCUUUCUGGAGGCAUCCCACUAUCCUUUGCUUAAGCAGGAUUACAUAUUGUGAACACUUAUCUCGUUCAGAGACCAUCACUGAAAUGUUGGCUGUUUCACUUAGUGCUCUAUGCAAGGAGGUAUUUUUUUCUCAGUCAGUAGCCAUGUUUUUGCAUUAUGGGGUUCUUUGAUCCUCUAUUCUGCAUUGUGUUUUUGGCUGAGUAGGACAGGAAGAACAUCCUGCCAAGCAUUCCAGCAAUUCCAUUUGUAAAAAAAAAAAGAAAAAUGAAUAAAUGAAUUAGGAAACAGGGAAGGAAGGAUAUUCAAAGCAAGGAGGAUAUCUUGCUGAAUGGAUAUGGUGUGUGGCAUCUGCAACUUGAUGACUCUGCACCUGUGUAAAUUAUUGGGAAAUUGUAAAAUUGACUAAAAAGGGGGAAAUGAUUGUUAAAAUAGCUUUGCAUUAGUCGUAUCAAAGGGUGCUUUUUACAUUUAUUUGCAUUAUUUGUUUGCUUUUGGAGACUUUCAUAGAAUGAAUAUUGAAUUGGAAGUAGUACAGUUGUAAGGAAAGCGGAAUGGCUAUUUAUUAUUGUGAUUGGUGUACCUGUAGCACAAUAUAAGGGAGGAAGCUGACCCAAUUUGACUGAAUGAGUUUAAGAUGCAUUACUACAGAAUAUGUUACAUUAGAAAAAAAAACGCAUAAUCUGGCUGUGAUAAAUCUCAGUGAAUUGAUAGAAAUUUUCUAUGUUGACUUUCAAGACAAACACAAGUUAUUGAUCGUGUAUGUAGUAACCAAAAAAAAGGCAAGAUGUUGAGAUAGCUGACUUCUCACUGAUCUUAAAGUCAACAGCUUUUUGCACCUGUUUUCAAUCAAACAGGAAUCUUUGACCAAGGGGCAAUGAUAGUUGUUGCACUACGUUUGCAAAACGAUAUUAUAUAGUUAUACACUGUACAUUGUUUUUAUACGAGUUCUGUCGUAAAUAACUAGUACAUGUAAACUGUGGUAGCUGUGUGUUAGUGUAUAAUGAUUGUGAUUCUUCAGACUAAAUUUUUAAAAAGUGAUGAAAAUAUGGCAAUGAUGGUGACAGUUAAAUAUAGUAACACCAAGACUCAAUAUUUCUACCAUUAUCCCCAUGCACUGCUUGUCAUAAAUAUCUAAUAUUUGUAUCAUUCACAUAUACUUAUAUUUAUGGGAAAAUGUUAUUUUUUAGACCUUGUUUGCUCACUACUUGCUCAGUUGAUGUGAGGCUUAUGACAUACUUGCAGGAGCUUGCUAAACUUUGUGAUAUCUUUAUUUGUAAAUGACAGCAAAGUGUUGGUCACUGGACAAGUUCCAUUCCAUGCAAAGUAAUUUCAGAAGGGCCUUGUUCAUAAAACUUAGCAUUAAUACUAAUAAAUGUGUUUAGUUUCUCAAUUAAAUACGGUUUCAUUAAAAAAAAAAGUUUUAUGAAACAAGGCCUGAUUCGAUGGUACAAUGUAUGCAACUUGGCAUGGGGUGAAAUGAAAUGGACUACCUCUAAACAGCAAAAGCAGUCAACAUUCCAUUUCUCUUGUAAUAUUUUGGUUUCUUGUAAGUGAAGUAUGAUGAAUCAGUAAUUGAAGGAUCCUUGGUUCCUUUAAAGGGAAAAUGCAUAGAGUUCUGGUAUCAUUGGUUUUGCUGUUUAUUGGCAGGAAGAGAAUACAAGUCCUUCAACCUUUUGAUGUCAUUUUCAUUUUCUUCUCUCAAUAAUUGGAAUUUCAGUGCUGUUAUGUAUUUUCAAAUGUGUGUGUGCAUAUGUUUCUACAAGUUUGAAUGUUUGAUUGAUAAUUUGCAGAAUGAUAAUGGACAGGAAGGCAGUAAGGAAGCUACUCUGAACCUGUCCAAAUAUAUAUAAAAAAUGUGAUUUCUGCAUUUUUUUUUUCAUUCAAAAUGUCCUUUGAUUGGUUUAUUUUUUCAUCGUUAAAAUGUAAUGUAUGUUUUUAUAACUGAAUAAUUUUUGCCCUGUGGCUGUCUUUUUGUUUCUUGUAUAUUAUCCCCUAAACAAGAUACAGAUAUAAAUUUAUAUGUAUUUACCUUUUUUUUCUUCUUUUUUUAUCUCAACUCAUUUAAAGAUGUUUUUUCCAUGGAUUAUUUUCAAUUUGAUUUUGAAUGGUCAGGGUAUUUAUUUACAUGGGAACAAUAUUCAGAGUAAAUAUCAAACUAAAGAAUAUUAGGAAAUGUAAUGGAACAUUUAUUAUGAGUUACAACAUAUUUUAAUUUACCUUUAUGUCAUUUCAGCAUGAGUUUGAAUUUCGAAAGUCUUGUUAAAUUUGGACUUACUGAUUAUUUAUAUAAAAUAUUUUAAAACACUAGCCUGAGAGGUAUUGCAGUCAUAUUGACAUUGUGUGGAAAAUUCCCCCAAAUGAAUCUGUCUUGUUAAUGUUUUCACUGUCGUGUCUUUUGUUCCUAUGUGAUGAAAGAGGACUAAACUGCAUCAUAUUUUCCACAUUUUUUUCUUUGUGUUUUAUUCAUUGUUGAAAGAUGUACUAACUAGGCUUUGCAUAGAAAACUGACUUGUAACAUUUUGGUAUGUUUGUGAAUUAAUUUACAUGUAGAUUUUUAAAAUCAAGAAUAGAAGAAAAUAAGCAUCACUAUUACAUUAACUGCACAAAACACUGCAUUGUUAGCUUUUAGGUACAAAUGGCUAACAUUAUGUUGUCUUUGUGCCUGCGUAUAUAUAUAUAUUUUAUAUACCUAUUCCUUUUCUUAUCAUUUUCUCCCCUCACACUUUUUGAAUUUUUCAGUACUGGAGUUUUAAAGUGGAAGAAAUGUAAUCCAUAAAUAAUGAGUAUCUAGAAUGUAGUUGCUUUUAAUAGUUGAGUAUUACUCUUGACAAAAUGAAAAAUAUUCUAGAUAAAUGCAUAUUAUAAUCUUGUGUAUAACAUGCUCUCUCAGCGUGAUGAAAAUAACUUGUGUAUUUUAUUUCCUUUUUUCAUUUUCUAUUAGAAGUAGUAAUAGUGUCAUGUACCAGUAUAUAUAUAACUAUUUCUGAAGAUGUUGCAUUUAGAGCAACUAUGUUCAUGUUCCAUAUCUUGAUCAAUGUUUUGCUAUUAUUCUUAUGGAUCAACUGAGCAGAAUACAUGUGCAUAUGAUUAAUAAAUUACAGAAGUAUGUGGAGUCAAA